AAACGACGACAUUCAAAACAUCAAAAUAACUUGUCCUUAUCGAGAGUCGAAAGUUCGAGCUCUCUGCAUCCCUGCGUUUUCUUUCGCAAAAUUAAUUUCAUCACAGCGGAGGAAAAUCGCAUCUAAAACAGGAAUCCGGUGCAGUGUGCAACCCGUUACCGUUGAAGCCCUUGGGCGCUUCCUAUCUUCUCCGUGUUAGUUGCGUGUAAAGGCACGAAAAUAAAGCCCCAGGCCGAGCAGCAGCAGCAGCAGGCGGAAGAAAGGACGGAAAGAGAAAGUGUGUCGUCGUCUUCGGACACUUCAUCGUCGUCUGCUUCCGCCGUAGUCCUGCAACAAAUAUCCGCAAACAAUCCCCGGCACAGUUCCGAUCGGCACCUACAGCUGAGCUGUCCGUCGCUUCAUCCACCGGAAAGUGCGAGCGACAGUGGUGAAAUUGUAGCGGUGCAACACAACGACGCAGUUUCCUCUGACCCAGCAGUGGCAAGUCGCGAGCUAUCGAAGGAGGAACGAUCACAACAGCUCAAAGGUGCCGAGCAACAACAACAACAACAGUUGGGAGAGUCUAGUAACGGUUGCAGCAGCGGCUACUGGAAGGGAGUUCAGUCGUCAUCAAGGAAUACGAUGCCUGUGAAGGUGGAUAUUGUGCCGCCUCCUCCAAACAACUCAAAACAACUAGGCGUAACCAAAUCCCUGCUUUAUAAUGGUUCCAAAUUUCGGGGAUUCCAAAAAUCCAAGGGCAAUUCGUACGAGGUGGAGGUCGUGCUGCAGUACGUGGACGAAGCCAAUUCUUUUCUCUGCGGCUACUUGAAGAUCACCGGUCUGACCUUUGCUUUCCCCACGCUGACGACCUUUUUCGAUGCGGAAAUUAUUUCCAAGAAAUAUCCGUUUCUGACCCGCAAAUGGGAAGCCGACGAGGACGUAGAUAGGAAGCAUUAUGGAAAGUUUGCCGCCUUUGUGAAUUACGAGGAAAACUUUAAUGCAGACGACUUUGACUAUGACGCGCUGCAGAAGAGCGAUUAUGUUUUUAUGAGAUGGAAGGAGCACUUUCUGGUACCUGACCACACAAUAACAGAUAUCGAUGGAGCUUCGUUUGCUGGAUUCUAUUACAUUUGUUUUCAAAAGUCAAGAGCGAUUAUGGAAGGCUAUUAUUAUCACAGGUCUUCUGAAUGGUACCAAUCCUUGAGACUGGAGCAUGUCCCCGAUUCCUGUAUUCAGAUCUACGAGUUCAGAUGAAUUUAACAAAUAUUUUUGUUUUAGUAUAACUGGACUUACAUUUUGAAACUCCCAUCACUUUCUAAUAUCUAUUCAACAACAGAACAAUUAACGUUAGACAUGCUACCGUGCAGAAGACAACCACCAUAUAAAGGGAAUAAUUUAGAAUCAGCUUUUGCAAUCAUAAAACAUAAACAGAUAUUUCACACGUUAUAAAAAAAAAAUAAAUGAGUUCUGAGAUGCAUCUCGUGCAAACACACAAACACACAUUUGGUGAAUUGUGAGCAAAAACAAUAUAAAAGCGAAUAUCAAUAUACAGCAAAUUACAAGUUUUUAAGAGCUAGCGGUUAGGAGUUUUUUUUUUAUAUUUGAGCGGCAGGAGGAGGAAUGUUUUGGACACUUAGCCACGGAGAACGCAAUGGAACGCAACGUUUUCCAGACAAACAAACAAACAUACAACAAGUUGCAAGUGAUGUUAUUAUUGUGAGCGAUUGUAUAGGCAUAUUUAUAGAUGAUGGACAGCAAGAAAGUCUUUCGAAUGAUGCAACAAAAACACCGAAACACAAUCGUGGUAAAGAAAGUAUAUGUUGUGUGAGCGCCAUUUGAUUUGUUAACGUAUUGUUUAGGAUUCUUAGAAGAAAGAGACAAAAAUUGUGAUGAUAAAAAUUUUGACUGUACGAAAAAAGCGUUUUGUAACGAUUUGGCAGGUAGGAAAGCAAUAAAACGAAUUGCUAUGCCAGUGUGUACGAAUAGCAUUUUAAAUUGUUUUCGCUAAAAUACGUUGUAAUGAACAAACGAAAAAUUAUACGAUCGUUGGGAGUAUUUAAA